CUUUCAAUUCAUUUUUCAUGAAUUGCGGAUAGCAUGUAAUGGAUGUAAGAAAAUUACAUAUUUUAUGAUUACUUAGGUCCAUUUUAACGCAAACGUUUUAAUUUUAUUAUUGAUAUUACAAGUCGGAGUGAUGGCUAACAACGCGGAGAUAACUGGCCCUGUAUCUCAGGAAGAUAUAGAGGCAGCGGAAAAAUUGAAAAACGAAGCCAAUGAUUUUUUUAAAAGGCAGAAUUACAACAGUGCCAUUGACUUAUACACACAAGCAAUUGAGAAGAAUCCUGGAAAUGCUGUAUUUUUCGCUAAUAGAAGUAUAGCUAAUUUGCGGCUAGAAAACUUUGGGUAUGCAUUGACUGAUGCCUCCAAAGCUAUAGAAUUGGAUAGGGGUUACACUAAGGCUUAUUAUCGCAGGGCAGCCGCAUAUAUGUCUUUAGGAAAGUACAAACUAGCACUUAAGGAUUUUGAAUAUGUAACCAAAGUUAGGCCAAAUGAUCAGGAUGCGAAGAUGAAAUAUAAUGAAUGCAACAAAAUAGUAAAGAAAAUUGCAUUUGAGAAAGCCAUAUCCGUUGAUAAGAAGGAAGUUAACAUUGCCGAUUCUAUCAACUUAGAUGCUAUGACAAUUGAAGAUGAGUAUGUAGGUCCAGCGCUGGAAGACGGCAAGGUGACCAUGAAAUUCAUCACAGAACUCAUGGAAUAUUACAAACAGCAGAAGAAAUUACACAAGAAAUAUGCUUAUAAGAUUCUCAUCGAUGUCAAAGCAUACCUUCAAAAGCAACCUUCGCUGGUGGACAUCAAAGUGCCUGACGAUGAGAAGUUCACAGUAUGCGGAGACAUUCACGGACAGUACUACGACCUAAUGAACAUAUUCAAACUGAAUGGAUUACCAUCUGAGAAGAAUCCAUACUUGUUUAAUGGAGACUUUGUGGACCGAGGGUCCUUUAGUGUUGAGUGCAUAUUCACACUGUUUAGCUUCAAGUUACUGUUCCCCAAUCACUUUUAUAUGUCAAGAGGCAACCACGAAACCCUGGACAUGAACAGAAUGUAUGGUUUCCGCGGAGAAGUAUCUUCCAAAUACACCUCACAGAUGGCAGACCUCUUCACGGAGGUGUACAACUGGCUCCCUCUAGCGCACUGCAUCAACAACAGGGUGCUUGUGAUGCACGGAGGUCUGUUCUCGAAGGAUGACAUCACGCUGGAGGAUAUCAGACAUGUGGACAGGAAUAAGCAACCACCUGAAGACGGUAUAAUGUGCGAGCUCCUGUGGUCGGAUCCCCAGCCGAUGGGCGGGCGGGCGCCGUCCAAGCGCGGGGUGGGCUGCCAGUUCGGGCCGGACGUGACCAGCAACUUCCUCGCCCGCAACGGUUUGGAUUACAUCAUCAGGAGUCACGAGGUCAAGAACGACGGCUACGAGGUGGCCCACGACGGGAAGUGUAUUACGGUGUUCUCCGCCCCUAAUUACUGUGAUACAAUGGGUAAUCUUGGUGCUUUUAUCACAAUGAAUGGUAAAGACUUGAAGCCUAAUUUCACUACGUAUGAAGCUGUGCCCCACCCCGACGUGAAGCCGAUGGCAUACGCGCAUUCCUUUUUCAACUUGCUCUGCCAGUGAUGCGACUGAGUCGUGCGCUCCUCUACAUUCAUUGAUCACACAUUACAAGCCACCACACCUGUUAAGUCUAGUUACUUUACAUUAAUGGGUAUUCGCCUCGUUUUAUUUUUUUUUAUAUCCAUCAAAAUUGGCCAGUAACCGUUUGAUUUAUUUAAAAUUAGAUUUUUUGUCUAUGUCAUUUUAUGACAACGCCUUUAUAAAAUUUAAUUUCAGUUCUUUUCUCACGGUAGAUUGUAGUUUCGCUCCGAGAUGUCCGUAAAUUAUUAUUUUGUAUCGAAAAAUUCACAAGCUUGUCUUCCGCCAUGUAUUACUAUCAUAAUCUAAAUUUUUAUAGUGAUUUUUAAAUACACGGACGACAUGUACGUUCUAUUUUGACAAAAUAAAUAAAAUUAUACAUUUUUCUACGAAUCUUAUUAAACCAAAAUUUAAAUGCGUUCUUUUGUUUUUAAAUUUAUGGUGCGUUUGCGAAUUCGCAAGUGGAAAGGUCAUGUUUUUUUAAAGGUGCGGUCAUACCAACGCCACCUGCGUUUUAUUUUACUUUAAAUCCAUUUUCAGUAAAUCACACGACUAUUAAUGCCUAUUUAAACCUAGCAAGUAAAUAAUGUCCGUUCUUUCGUUAAUGUUUACUGUCAAUUACAAUGCGUAUUUCGAUUAUAUUAUGUGCAUACUAGAUAUAUGAUAAAUACAAUAAUUCAUCGCUUUGUUUGAGAAGCCAACUCACCAAGAAGUACAGCAUAUUUUUAAACAGGGGCAGAAACUGUAACGGGACCCCUCUGCAGCAUUUAAGAUAAUUUACUCCUACAAAAAAAAAAACAAUGGUUGGCAUUUGUGUGAAAGGAACAAAAAGAAUUCUUUAUCAAUUUGUAAGUACUCUUUAUUUGUUAUAAUUUAAAAGGUUUUUUCAAUUAAUUGACGAUGUUAAUAUUAUAAUAUCAUUAUUUUAAAAGCUCUAUUUCGAUUUAUAUAUCUAUAGCCAAAAACAUUUAUUAUUAAAACCUUUGAAAUGCCCCCCCUAGAUACGGAGCUGAUUCCCUUCGAAGAAAGAAACGUGCAAAUUUAUACUAAGAAUUUCAUAUCAAAAGCCGUUGGUUAGACCGUGCCUUACUUGACUAUAAUUAUAUUUGAUUGACAAUCAACUGGGAGUGUACUACCAAUGAACUGUGAAUGGAGGUAACUGUAACUAUCGCCUUCUAUCCAUGGGAUAUAUUUCUAAGACAAUACUAAAUGCUAUUGUAUAUUGGAGUUUCUAAGUCCUUUGUAUAAUGUAUCAUCUAAAUAUAGAUACUUUAAUAGAUAUGAGCGGUCAUUCGAGCUUGCACGUCCACUGAACCGAGAGGUCCUGGGUUCGAUCCGCGGUCGGGUCAUGAUGGAAAAUGAUCUUUUCUGAUUGGCCCGAGUCUUGGAUGUUUAUCUAUAUAUGUAUUUGUUAUAAAAUAUAGUAUCGUUGAGUCAGUAUCCCAUAACACAAGUCUCGAACUUACUUUGGGGCUAGCUCAAUCUGUGUGGAUUUGUCCUGACAUAUUUAUUUAUUUGAGGUCUGCAGAAUUAUUGUUAAAAUUACACAAUACUUUUGCUUGUAAUGAUCCAUUUCGGGUUUAUACCAAUCAGAAAAGUUAUGGAGUUGACGCGAGAUUCCAGAUUUUCUUUUUUGAAACUUUGAAAAAAUGUUGAAAAAUAUUUGUUAACAACUACACAUUAUUUCAUUAUGUAUAAUCGAAUAUAAUAAAAAGGACUUAUCGACUCCACCGUACAUAAGCUGCUUUACAAGCAAUGUAUUCGCGACUGCAUAAUUCUGUAAAUUUUAGAUGUAAGUCGUAGCCAUAUUUUCACAAAUUUUCGUUAAUAUUAAAAGUUCUACAACCGUAUAUUCUUUCUACGCUGACUCGAAGGUAUGUACAUAAUACCGAAUUUUAUCAAAAUAUUUCGGUGUUUUGUCGUUCCUUAUGCCUAAAGGUCGGUUACGUAAUAAUCAUUCUUAUCACUGCAUUGAAAAAUACCUAUUUUUGUAAUUUACGAUUCGCAGUGAGGGAAUUGUAUGGUAUUCCUGAACUAGGACAAUGCUUUUAUCUCUUCAUGUCCGACAUUGUAAAAUAGCUAUAAUUUAUGUAACCUCCAAGAGAGCUUACGAUAAUAAUGUCAUCAAAAAACGGAUUUUAAAUUUGUUAUAAGUUGAAAUUGAAAUAGUUUGCAAUAUUCGGCGUUUGAUUAGUUGAGAAAUUGACAUAGACUGAUGCAGACCAUUUUCUGUCGAAUAAUAAUAAAAGAACAGCAAUUAUAACAUAAGACUGAAGAUUUUGUUUGUUCAAAGAAAUAUUUGCAGUAGUUAUUGAGUUACACCCUUACUAAUAAUAAUAUAAUAACUUGAUAUUGCAUUAUCUGUUUUGAUUUUCCUCAGUGAAGUCUGUCUGGCUGUACUGCUAAAAAUAGACCAAUAUAACAAUUAUGUUGCGUAAUUAAAUAAUUUAGUUUUAUUUUGUUGUAGAACAAAUUUUAUUUCGUCACCACAUCACUCGAUGUCAAAGAUUUUUUUUUAUUAAUAUUAAAAUGUAUAUACACGAUGUUUUAUUUAUACCGAACAAGAUGAUUCGCAUUUAUAACUGUUUUUUUACAAGUUACCAAGUUUUAAAGCGAUGCAUUUAGUAAAUAUACAGCUAAUGUACUGGUUCAUGGGUUAUUAUGUUUAGCUGUUGAAGUAUGUCUUUUGAAAUCCUUGUGCGCAUGUAACAAGGUCUAAAAGUAAACUGUUUUUAUCUAAAAGUAUUUUUUUCAAACCUUGGGGAGACUUUUAAGUCCAGUUUUGUCCAGUAGUGGACUUGUGGCAUGCGUCUUGUACUAAUCGCUCUUUUUCAACGAUUCAUCUUUAUAUAUCUAUUAUAUCUGAGCGACAAUAUGUGAUUUUUUCAAUUAUGUCAAAUUCAUAAAAAUACCGAAUUAGUAUAGAAUAAUCGAUAUAUAUUUAGAUAUUAUACACUCAAUUGUAAACUUUGUUUUUAAUUUAAGUCAGUACUGCUCAAUUUUAAAUUAAAUGCGAUUAGAUUACCUAUUUAUUGCGGUGCAAAAUUAUGCUUAUAUUAAAACAUGUAUAUUAAUCUUUUCACAUAUUUUUUAUUAAAAUUGUAUUUGCAUAUUUAAUGGAAAAGAAAAUGCACGUGUAAAAAUACACUUUGCUGAUUUUAAAUCUUAUUUUUCUCUUCGCAAAGUCUACAUUCAUUUGGCACUGAAAUAUUGAAAACUGACACUUAUGUGGCUCAAAAAUGCGAUUUCAGAAUGUUCGUUGAAAUCUCCACUUACUCGUCACUAUAAUAAAGCUCAAAUUUAAUAUUUGCGUUUCUUCGUGCACAUCACUCUAAUGCAGCCGUUUUGAAUAUUAAACAUAAUGACCCCACCUUCACAGCAAACUGAAUUGAAAUAUAUUUAUAAUCAUGCAAUAAUAUCGAAUUGUAACGACCAACGUUAUAGGUUGUAAUGUUAAGUACACACUAGCGAUACGUAAGCUUACCACCGCCUCACGGCUCCAAAUAAAUGUAUUUAACUCAGUUUACACAAUUUGGUGUUCACUACAGUAAGGAAAAAGUAUGUAUUUUUAUUGGUAUUUAUCCCGUAUUUCAUGGUUUCGAUAUGUUGACGUAGGUAUUUUUUUUGCGCCUCUACAUCAUAAGGAGAUAGAAAUCUAUUUUCUAUGUCUUUUUGUAUUAUACCAUGUUCAUUGACAUUACGACAAAUUAGUUUACUAUAGUGAACACCAACGCUACAAAACAUUAUGCUUAGCAGCAUACUUUUCAAUAUAAUUAUAAUAAUAGGUAAUUAUAAAUAUUAAUAUAGAAAUACACGAGCGCUGGAUACGGCGCCAAUACUCUUUCGCUGUCAGAAUCCAUAAGCUAAAUCUGUCAGGAACAGAAAUAGACAUAAACAGAGUAAAAUGCUGUUGUGAAAAAUAUUACUUCAACACAAAAUACUCAACAAGCCUUAGUGAGUGACGCCAUCUCUUUCUUGCCUAAUGUGGGUUUUCUGUACACCAGAAAUAACAGAUGUUAGUACCUAAGCGUUGGGUCCGACGCUGUGUUUUCAUUGGUCAAUAAUUUGGCAUAUGCGUUAGGUUGUCAAAUUUAAAUGACAGUUUUGUGCUAUUUGACAGUUGGACCCGCCUUUGGGGAAAAUCGAGAAAAUCCUAGCAUUUUUCUGAUGUUAAUGUGGAUUUUAACAGCGAAGAGACGAUAUGCCAGUAGGUCGGUUUUACUUGAACACGAAACCUCUGCGUCAGAAAUUGUUUUGCCGAGCAUAUCAGACGAUGUAAAUAGGUUUUGGUGUUGACUUAAAUUAAUAAAAUUGUUAAAUUUGUAA